AUGUUAUGGAAGCUUGAAACGUCUGAAUUGUAUGGAGAACUCGUAGACAUGGAUUCGGCUUGGCAAUUGGAUGACGAGGAUGACGACGACUGGGAUAGCGAUUCUGAUGCUCCUUCUUCGGCGUCAAAGGAUCCCAUUAUUAUUCAGUCGAUAGAGGAAGGGCCGGUGUAUUCGAUUGACAAGCACGGCCAAACAGUAGCUGCAGUUGUGGGUCAAACCGUCCUCGUCUGGGAAUUUUGGUCGUCCAAUGGGGCAUGUCUGAUACCCAUCAAGACCCUAUCUCUACCAGGCGACUACCAAGAAACUCUAUAUACAGUUUCUUUAUCCGACGAUUUUCUUGUAUCUGCGGGAUUAGGAGAGUGCUUAUUUGUAUGGACCACGGAUACAUGGGACUUGGUCCAUACCGUUUCGGUAGCCAGGACGAAGGAAUCUUGUUUGGCCACAUGUUGUGUUAUGACUAGUAACUGGAUGCCGAAUGAAAAGGGAGUCUUAGCUUGCGGUGGCUACGAUGGCUGUAUUUCAUUGUGGCGACUCGCCCAUCGUUUGGAAAGUGAGGGUUGA